AUGUGGAGCCGCGCCGUCGCUCCGUCUGCGCGUCGAUGCGCUCUACGCUCGUCCCCCACCGUAGUCGUUCAGCUUCGCCAUCACGUCAUUGGACGUCGCGUGCCGUCAGAAGAGACGCUUGCAGCGCUCAAAGAGCUCUUGGGCGACCGCCUCUCGACUGCAGCGUCUGUAUUAGAGCAACACGGCACGGACGAGUCGUACCACGCCGUUGCGCCGCCUGAUGCCGUCGCGUUUGUCCAGUCGACUGAAGAGGUGUCCGAAGUGGUCAAGAUCUGUGCUGCUGGCGAUACGCCCGUGAUUCCAUUCGGUGCCGGCUCGUCGCUUGAAGGACACAUCUCGGCUGUCCAAGGUGGGGUCUCAGUUGACCUCACGGGCAUGAACGCCGUCUUGAACGUGGAGUUUGAGAACAUGAGCUGCAAGGUGCAAGCAGGAGUCACUCGUGAACAGCUGAAUGUCGACCUACGCGCAACGGGCCUCAUGUUCCCAGUCGACCCGGGCGCCAACGCUUCGAUUGGAGGGAUGAUCGCUACCAAUGCAUCCGGUACAACUACCGUGCGGUAUGGCAACAUGAAGACGAACGUUAUGGCGCUGACGACUGUUCUGGCGGAUGGACGGAUCGUCAAGACGGGCGCUCGAACCCGCAAGUCGUCCGCUGGGUACGACCUCACGCGUCUGUUCAUUGGCUCCGAGGGAACGCUGGGCAUCGUCACGGAGGCUGAGCUCCGUCUGUUUGGUAUUCCCGAAGCAGAGAAGACAAUGAUUUGUCAGUUUGACUCGAUCCGGAACGCUGUCGACAUGUGUGCGACUGUGAUGCAGAUGGGCAUUCCGGUGGCGCGAAUGGAGUUGAUGGACGAGAACGCUGUCGAGGCGAUCAAUAAGUACUCGAAGCUCACAACCCCCGUGCGGCCGUCGCUCAUCGUGGAGCACCAUGGUUCACCCGGUGAGGUGAAAGAGCAGAGUGCUAUUGUAGUGGACAUUGCCAAUGACUUUGACGCGAAGGAUAUUGAGCUGGCGAAUAGCAUUGAAGAGCGUAAGAAGCUGUGGAGUGGUCGCCAUGCUGCUUGGUACGCCACGAUAAGCCAAAUGCCUGGCAGCCGUGGUUUAUCUACCGAUGUCGCUGUUCCGUUUGGUAAAUUAACGGAUGUGAUCGUCGAGACACAAGCGGACUUGAAAGAGUCUGGAUUGUUUGGCGCGAUUGUUGGACACGUUGGUGAUGGCAACUUCCACGUCAUGUUGCCUAUUUUGCAAGAUGAUGCAGAGCUGAUGCGAAGGGUGCACGAGUUCUCUGAUCGCCUAGUCAACCGAGCUAUCAAGUAUGAGGGCACGUGCACGGGCGAACACGGCAUUGGCAUUGGCAAGCUGGACUAUCUGUUGAAGGAACAUGGCGAUACGGUGGAAGUGAUGCGCACGAUUAAGAAGGCGCUGGACCCUAAGAACAUCAUGAACCCGGGCAAGAUUUUUGCAGCGACGAGUGCCACUUGGUGA